AUGUCAAAACUCACCCUCGCCAUCGUCGCUGGCACAUCAGCAGUGGUUGGUGCAGCCACGACUGCCGCCAUUUUCGGUCUGCAAAAGCCCAAGGAGUCGCCCGUCCAGGUCACGACCACCUCUACGACCGUAUCAUCGACUCUGCCUGCCACAAGGACUGCGCCUCCACCCCCUGCCCCGAUCCCUCGUCCUGAUCCGAGGCUCGUUGCCGCAGCACCGGUCGAUCCAUCGGGAGUAUUUCAAUAUGGCUUCCCGGGCCCUGUCUCAGAUGUUCGCAACGCACCCUCUCUCACCUCAGGCUUCAACCGAGCGACGCGCAACCCUCACUGGGUGGCCGAGCACAUCACACCUGCGAGUGUAGCACAGAACAACGGUGACCGCCGACACUCCGCAUUCGAAGAGGACACCAGCAUCCCCGAGAAGUUCCGAGCCAAGCUCAAGGAUUACCUGCGAUCGGGCUAUGACCGUGGCCAUCAGGUGCCCGCCGCCGAUGCGAAAUGGAGUCAAGAUGCGAUGAAUGCGACGUUCGCGCUGUCAAAUAUGUGUCCACAGGUCGGCGAAGGGUUCAAUCGGGACUACUGGGCCCACUUUGAAGACUUCUGCCGACGCCUGACAACUUUCUAUCCCUCGGUGCGGAUCAUCACUGGUCCUCUAUACCUGCCCAAACGUGAGGCGGACGGCAAGUGGAGGGUUUCAUACGAGGUGGUCGGGCAUCCCCCUAACGUGGCGGUGCCGACACAUUUCUACAAGAUCAUCUUCGCGGAGGACGGGAGGACCGGCGGCAAUGUCAGCUUGGGAGCAUUCGUGCUGCCCAACGAUGUCAUCAAGAACGACAAGCCUUUGCAAGAGUUCGAGGUGCCGAUCGAGGCUGUAGAGCGGGCCUCGGGACUGGAGUUUGCGAGCUUGCUACCGCCUGCGCGGAGAAAGAGACUGUGUGAGGAGGUCAGCUGCAGUAUCAUUGUGAAGCAGUACGCCGAGCGACAGAAGUCGAUCGCUGGUCAACAACCCAAGCGAUGAGGUAGUCAUGCUCGAAGCCUUUCAUAUUUGGCACAUAUAAAAAAUGUCCUUCACAGAGAAGUAAUAUAAAAUUGAUACAUGUUGUACAUUUGGCUCGGCGCGUUCGGACGGUGGUAGUGCGUGGGAGUCUUCGAUGCUCAGCAGGCACGAGCAUGAGACUGUGGCACUCUUUCGAGAUCCGUUGUUCCAUCGUUUCGCAUGCCUACUGUCGACUGCUUCAAUCGCACUGCUUUUGCCUCCCUCUCCGAUAGUCUUUCGGCGUUUGCACAUCACGCUUUCCCGCCGACGGAGUCGUCUCCGGUUCUAUUGGACAUCAUUUCCCCGAACGCCAUCAACUCUUUCGUAGCCUGGCUCUGGUAUUUUACAUCUCGGCUCCUGUUGCGCAUUACAACGCAUCGUUCCUUCCCUACUCCAUUGCAGCUGGAAUCAUUCCUUUCUGUGCUUGCGCCAG